ACGCGCACAUGCACAUGAGGGAGGCGUGUCUCUCGUAUCUGUUGCCCCGCCCCGUUUCCUCCCGCAGAUUAUACUGAAUAAUACAGGAGCUCUGGGUUCUCUCGCGCUCAGAUUUGAGGAAAACAGAAAAUAUGGAAUAAGAUGGUCUUUGAACCAAUACAGAUGACUGACAGGACAUGGCGUUACUCUGUCGUCAUGGCGAUGGUCUCUUUAGCCUGGCUCCUCCCAGUCAUCGCUACUGCCACGCCCUUCCCCAGCGAUCUGCAGCCAAUCAGUGUCCUGCGUCUGGAAGACUCGCACCAGUAUCCCAGUUUUCAGGGUCUGAUGUUUAAUAAUGGCACGGAGCGUCUGGGUCUGGACUAUCAGCGGAUGAUCCGGAUCCAGCAUAUGCUGUACAUCGCUGCCAGAGACCAUGUAUUUGUUGUGAAUCUCACUUCUGCAGUCGAUAAAAUCAUCCCACUGCAGAUACUGACGUGGAGAUCUACAGACGUGUCAAAGUGUGCCGUGAGAGGAAGAAACGGCGAUGAAUGCUAUAAUUACAUCAAGGUUCUUGUGCCUCGUAACGACGAGACUCUGUUUGCGUGUGGAACGAACGCGCUGAACCCGGCCUGCAGGAACUACAGAUUGAGUACGCUGGAGCAGGUCGGUCAGGAGCUGCUGGGUCAGGCCCGAUGUCCAUUCGAGUCUCACCAGUCCAACGUAGGAGUGUUUGCAGGUGGUCAUUUCUAUUCGGCCACAGUGACGGACUUCCAGGCGAGUGACGCUGUGAUCUACAGGAGUUUGGGUGGAGAGGGGCGACCCGUCCUGCGGACCAUCAAAUACGACUCCAAAUGGCUCAGAGAGCCUCACUUCCUGCAUGCUGUCGAAUACGGCAACUACGUGUAUUUCUUCUUCAGUGAGAUCGCAGUGGAGCACACCGGCGCUGGGAAGGUGGUGUAUUCACGCGUGGCGCGCGUGUGUAAGAACGACAGCGGCGGCUCCACGCGGGUGUUGGAUCGCCACUGGACGUCGUUUCUGAAGGCGCGCCUGAACUGCUCGGUUCCUGGAGACACGUUCUUCUACUUCGAUGUGCUGCAGUCGCUCACCAACGUGCUGCAGAUCAACCAGCGGCCCGCUGUGGUGGGAGUCUUCACCACACAGAUCAACAGCAUUCCCGGCUCAGCGGUGUGCGGGUUUUAUUUGGAUGACAUUGAGCAAGUGUUUAAUGGGAAGUUUAAGGAGCAGAAGAAGAGUGAUUCGAUGUGGACGCCGGUGCCUGAGGAACACGUGCCCAAACCACGUCCAGGUUCAUGUGCAGGUGAAGGUUCAGCGUCCUCCUACUCGUCUUCUGUUCAGUUUCCAGACUCUGUGCUUUCAUUUAUUAAGACGCAUCCGCUGAUGGACCAGUCUGUGUCGUCAAUCAACAGCCAACCGCUGAUCACCAGCACUGCCAGCAGGUAUAAGCUGACUCAGAUUGUAGUGGACACGGCGGCUGGGCCUCAUAAGAACCGCAGCGUUGUGUUUCUGGGCUCUGAAGACGGACGGGUCCUGAAGAUCCUGACAGGCACUCAAGCCAACAGCUCACGCAGCUCCAGACUGCUGGAGGACCUCCACGUCUUCAGCCCCACACAGUGUACUGGAGAGCGCACUGUGUUGGGUCUGGAGCUGGAUAAGGAGCAUCACGCUCUAUUUGUGGCGUUUUCCAGCUGCAUUAUCAGAGUUCCUCUCAGCCGCUGCGCUCGACACACCACCUGCAAGAGGUGAGGGAUUC